GUGGAGGGCGAUGGCACGUUGCAGUCCAGCUAUCAGUACGAGUGUGAGGUCAAGGAGAAGCAGGAGAAGCAGGCGGUACCUCAAGACGCGCUGGUGCGCGCAGGUGGCGUCGGGCACGAGUUCAAGGAGAAGCAGGCGGCACUUCAAGACGCGCUGGUGCACGCAGGUGGCGCCAGGGAUAAGAAGGAUAUGGCCGCGGUCAUCGAGGCCAACCAGUCUGCGCACGCUCGCGGGCGUGCGGCGCAGGAGGCGAGGAUGGCGGAGUGGCGGCUUGGCCAUGACGGGCUCGUGCCGCUGAGGACCGGCAAGGGCGGCAAGAUCAAUAAGGCGAAAGCGAAGCAGGGCAAUUUCAUGGAGGAGCAGGCGGUACCUCUUGUGCUGGUGCACGCAGGCGGAGGGUUGGAGUUUUGCCGCCCUCCGCCUCGGCGGGAAGCGGAGCAGAACACCCGCGACGACGUGGGCCUCUCGGGCGACAUGAGACGGUUGGAGCAGCAGUCCGUGGGCGUCAAGGAGUCGGAAGGCGAGGAGCUGGAGGCUACCCGCGGUGCCUGCGGUGCGGGCUCCUCAGGGGAUCGCGUCGAUUUGGAGGAGAUCGAGUCCAUGAAGGAAUCCCUGAAGGUACAGAUGCUGAACACAAAGCUCACGAAGCUGGGCCUCGACAGCGUCGACAGCUCGGAGCACGAGGUGGCUGCCCUCCGCGCG